CGAAACCGAUCGGCACAGAACAAAUCCGUGGCAUCAUACCGCAGCUAGCGAAAGGGCACUAAUGCCACGCAACGCAGCGCAACAGAAGGCAACAGAACGCAAAACACAACACAACACAACACAACACGACACAAUCCAGCAGCCGCGACACAAAAUGUCACGCAAAGCGCUUUCCGUCGACACCGGUGAUGACCACCAGCAAGUCGAAGGAACGAUGAGCGGCGUGGACACGAAUGCCAAUACACCUGUUGCCGACAAUAAAUCGGGGUCCUCGCUGUUCCGUCGCUCACCCCAGUCGAAGACGCAAGCGCUUCGACCACCGUCGCCGCCAAAGACGUCGCUGGCAGCCGAAAACGAGCGCUUGCGGAACGAACUCCGCGUCUUGAGACGGCAAAUCCAGGAAAUGGAAGAAUUCCAGGAUUGGAAACAGCAAGACUCUAACGAGCAACAUCGACACACACAACAAUAUCAACAACACCAUUUGCUCCAAUCAUCUUUCUCCAGCCACGACUACCAUGGACGGGCGUCCAAAAACACCAGCAACAAAGUGAUCGUGGAACUUCCGGAAAUGUUCCAGAGCUCCCUCCCACCGCCCACCAGCGAAAGCGAGAUCUGCAACCACCGCCGGGACGGUACCGUCAAGGAAAAGCACAGCAUCUCGACGGCGGACGAUCAGGAAACGGUCGAGCCCAUUCUCGACAUCGAGGCCCACCACCAGUCCGCGGCGGGCCUCCACCACCGGAACACGACAAUGAUAACGAGCAACCAUACCAAAAAGAAGAAGGAGGUACUUACGGAGGAAACUGCAUCCUCCUCGGCGUCCUCGUGUGGAAAUUCCCUCGGCGAAACCGAUGUGGAGGCGAUCGCUCUGAUCGAAGGCAUUGACAGUCACGGGAACAAAACCAACACCCACCACAACAAAACCUUCUGGAGCUCCCUCCUGGACCGGGCAGGAUGGCUGAUCGGCCUGCUCAUUUUUCAGUCGUUGAGCUCGUUCAUCCUGGCCCGCAACGAGUCCCUCCUGACGCAUCACUCCGUCAUUGUGCAGUUCCUGACCAUGCUGGUGGGAGCCGGCGGCAACGCGGGCAACCAGGCCAGCGUCGGUGUGGUCCGCGGUAUUGCGGUCGGGACAAUCCGCAGGUCCAACGCCAGGCGCGUCCUACUGCGGGAGUUUGCCAUGGGCACUUGCCUCAGCAUAAUUCUCGGCCUGGCGGGCUUUGUCCGGGCCAAGGUGUUCGCGGUACCCUGGUUGGAAACCAUGGCCAUCACGACCAGCCUCUUCCUUAUUGUCUUCAUUAGCGUCGUGGUCGGUGCGACGCUUCCGCUGUGCAUGGAGGCAGUCGCCAUCGAUCCCGCGCACUCGAGCACCACCAUCCAGGUCGUCAUGGACAUUACAGGGGUCAUCAUCACGGUGAAGGUGAGCAGCCUCUUUUUGGAUUCCGGGGGCGAUUGGCUUGGGGCCGUUCUUUCGAUGGACGGGGAAACGAGGUGAGCGGCAAACAAAACACAAGUACAACAAUUGCAGCACCAGCAACAACAAUCACAACAGAUCCAUAAUACAAGAUUAGCCGUGAU